CAUACUUAUCACUCUUUGACUGAAAUGAAAAUUCGAUGCAGCGAUUUGGAAAGACAUCAGAAAGCUCACACGGAUGAAAAGCCUUUCUUGUGUAGUGAAUGCGGAAAAUGCUUUAGUCUAGCUUGUAAUUUGAAAAGGCAUCAGAAACUUCACACGAGUGAAAAGCCCUUCAAGUGCAAUGAAUGCGGAAAAUGCUUCGAUCAAGUUGACAAUUUAAAUAAUCACCAGAAAGCUCAUACGGGUGAAAAGCCUUUCUUGUGCGAUAAAUGCGGAAGAUGCUUCAGUCAACGUGGAGAUUUGAAACUUCACAAAGGUCCAGGCGAGAAGCCUUGCCAAUCUGUUGUCUUCAAAAACCCGUACACCUCUUUUUUGCUCAAAAAUGAAAGUGAGUGUCAGCGUUCCUUGGCGUACCCUCGCAUAGAGAGUAGUACUUCAAGUGUUGAUCGGACGGGACAUGCAACAUUGCAGAGUAGAAUGUGGAGCGAAGAAUCACAGCAAUGUCAAGGGAAUUUGACCGACACUGAUAUCAACAUCAGUUCCAUUAUGUUCUUUGCGGGUUUGUAA